CUUCCUCCUCCUCCUCCUCCUCCUCUUUCGCCCGCCGCGGCCGCCUGCCAUUGGGAGCCGCGCUGAGGCAGCCGCUCUUGCUCCGCCGCCGCCAUCAUGAGCUUCUUGUUUGGUAACCGCUCUUCUAAAACUUUUAAACCAAAGAAGAACAUUCCGGAAGGCUCCCACCAAUAUGAGCUGCUGAAACACGCGGAGGCAACUCUUGGAAGUGGCAACUUACGGAUGGCUGUUAUGCUGCCCGAAGGCGAAGAUCUAAACGAAUGGGUCGCAGUGAACAAAUAUCAUUGGGCAGAUGGGACAAACAUCAAGAAGCCAAUUAAAUGCUCGGCACCAAAGUACAUCGAUUACCUGAUGACCUGGGUGCAGGAUCAGCUGGACGAUGAGACGCUGUUUCCAUCCAAAAUAGGUGUUCCUUUCCCAAAGAAUUUCAUGUCGGUAGCUAAGACCAUCUUGAAGCGCCUGUUCAGAGUUUAUGCUCACAUAUAUCACCAGCACUUCGAUCCGGUGAUCCAGCUUCAAGAAGAAGCGCAUCUCAACACGUCCUUCAAGCACUUUAUCUUUUUCGUUCAGGAAUUUAACCUUAUAGACAGAAGAGAACUUGCUCCGCUCCAAGAACUGAUUGAAAAACUCACUUCCAAGGACAGAUAAGCGAAAAUGAAAUGGCGGGAAUCCGUUUGUUUUCUUUAAAGCAGGCAUGUGGGGUUUUUAGGGAUUUGGGGCUGAAAACCCUCUACGCACUUAAAAAAAAAAAAUUCCACGGGACUUUUAACUCCCGAGUAAGUGCGUGGAGGAGGUUUGAAACCUUCUGUUUUGUUUGUUUUAGAAAGGAAAGGAAACUUCUGUUUUAAUUCAGGCAACCUAGAUCCAUUCUCUGUGCUUUUUAUUAGUGAAACCUCUUUCACUUAGUGAUACACACACACAACACACACACACAACACACACACACAGAGUAAAUGGUUUUCUGUUCUUGUUCAUUGUUAUUGAUUUUUAGCAGAUUGUUGUGUGUUAAUAAAGGAAAAUAGACAUGCUUGUUGGGAAAUGUGACCUUGCUAGUUGAAAAGUGCAGGAUUGCCAGUCGUACAACAGGACAUUCUCAGAAGGUCCUUAAAAGAGACUAAAUCUUCUCUAAGUGCCUUGGUAGAUUCUCUUCUGAGGUACAAAGCACAAACUUAAGAAUAUUGCUGGAAACAGAAAACACAAAACAGCUACCUAGGACAUUUCUUAAUACUUGUUAUAUGUAAUUAAUAUGUGCAAACCUUUUUCUAAAAGCCAUAACGUCUAUCGGUGAUCUCCAGUCUUUUAAGGGAAAGCAAUGACUUUAGAAGUGAACAUAAGUUAGGUGGCUCACUUUAUUAUUAUUAUUUUUUUAAAAAUAACGUACUGAGCUACCCAUCUGAUACAUCUUCGAUAUCGUAGGGGCCAAGAAAUAAUUCUGGGCACACCACUUUUCAACGAUGUGCAUUCUGCCAAGAUUUGAACUCAUUUUGAUCUGAAAGUAGGAUUAUUUUUUCCCCUCAAUCUGUGCUUUAUGAAACUGAGUCUCCCGCUGUUUAAAUCAAGAAUCCUGCAGUAGCUUCAAGACAAAAUGAAAGGGAAGCCAAGGGACAAUAUAUUAAUACCUAUAAACCCGCCAUAGUUAUUUUUAAAAUGGGGAAUAAAACACCCCCGAGCUUUCACCUUAAGAGAAAUUGUCUCAGUCUACUUAUCAUGGAGUAUGUUUAUCAUUUCAUGCCUCCUAAAUCCGUAGCCCCUUUAUAAUCUCAGUUGGGCAAGAAUGCUAUGAAAGAGAGCACCCCUUGUAACAUGAUGCAAAGGACAGAGAUAUUUUGGGAUUUUUAAUGGGUGGGCCUUUAAGAUAACUCGAAUUGGUGGCACACUAAUUUUGAUGAAAAAUCUGCAAAUUUGCUUAUUUUCCUGUCUCUUCCUGUCCUUUAUUGUAGAAUAUUUAGAAUUUGGGAUAAUUCCUGCUGAGGAAUUCAAAAACGAGAAGACCUAUUUCAGAUUCUGUGACUUAGGAUCAUCGGCUCUUGUUCUAAAUGCCCCCAGUGGUUUGAGCUUUAAUUCCAAAAUCUCCCCAUUUUUUAAUUUUCGGGAAUGUCUACAUUUUGUCUGCUUUGCCACUGUUUCCAUGGAUUGACCUGACACACAAAUUACUCCAUGUAUCCUUAAAUCCUAAUCUUGAAGCUCACUUCUCAGAUUAUCAUUGGGACUAGUUACAAAUCACAUUAACAUGUGAUAAUAUAAUAAUAUUUAAAGCCCAUUAAUGAUACCUUAAAGUCUAAUACACACAACAGUUUCCCAUAGUCUGUUUUUAUUCUAUCUUUGACAUUAUAUAUACCUUUUAAGAACUGUAGUGAUAAAAGGCAUACAGGGAGAGAAGAAGAAAAUUAAAAAUAAAAAUGAGGAAAAACAAAACAAAUUACCAUUACAUCGUCUAGCUAUACUCUUGACCCUUAUAACCUGGAAGCCAUUAAUAACAAUAGUUCUUCCUAUGGAUCUACUAAAAAAAGUGGGUAGGGUAAUCCAAAUCUUGGCAAUGUUUCAUAACCAGAUUUGAUCUUGGUGUCCGUAACACGUUUUGUCAAUAUUUGAUUUUAGAAGUCAGAAAUCCCCGUUCCAAUUUCUGAAUCUCAAAUUUGAAAGUUUAAAUUGCUAAUCGAAAAUAUUUUUGUUCGCAGUUGGGAUGUUGAAAAGAGUUUAGAGGUUGGGACUGUUAUGAGCCAUUUUAAAUAUGCCCAAUCUCCAUCUGGCAAUUAUAACCACUCCUACAAGAUAAUCUGUUAAAAAUAAGAGAGAGAAAAUGCUAGGUAUCCUCUCAAGAUCUUUGGAUCUUGAAAUGAGUAAACCUUCAGAAUGAUAUUUAAUUAGAAUCAAUAUAGCUUGGCCAAAAUAAUUAUCUCCCAUCAUUUUAGUCUUAAAAUUUAAGGGACUUACUGGAAACGAUGAUGAAUAUAGAUUCCAUUCAUUGCUAAUUUCCUUCUUGGAUGAUAAACCCUUGGAGAUCAUUGACUAAGAGUGCUGUUGGGUCAACUCUUCUUAUAGCGUUGAAGAUUGAAGCAUUGACAAUAUUAAGACAGUGAUUAUUCUGAAUUUGAUCAGCAUUUAUAGAAGCUUUUAGUGGGAUUGCUCCGGCGGUCUUGAAAAUUCUUAAUUGUUUAAAAGGUAUGUUACGAUACAAACAGACAAAGCUUCCUUGAUCUUUCAGUUGAAUACAGGUAUUGAAAAUUGAACACUGUAGUUAUUAUUAUUUUUUAAAAGUCACAGCUUGGAAUCUAGCCUUUUCAUUUAAAAGGACACCGUGGUAGAAAUCAUAUUUACCCUUUUGGUACCAAACAUUGGGCAGAUACGUAUUUUUUUAAUCUCCUUAUGACCAGCCGUUAAGGAAACACUGUGUCCCUUCCAUGAAGAAGGAACAGCCUUAAAAUGUCAAAACUGGCUUCAUGCUCUCUAUCACCUGUCAGUGUUCUCUCUUUGUCUUGGUUACCCACCUGGCACAGGUAACCUACCUUAAUUAGAUGAGGCUGACCAAGCCGGAUGGUCAUAAGCAUAGAUCCAAGUUCCUUAAAACCAGCGGUGUUGUUUUUUCUUGAGCCAAUGGAUUGAUUUAAUCCAGAGAAUUGACGUUGGUGGGAGAAAGGUUUUAUCAUCCUGGCCCUAGAAAUCACAAGCCUACUUCACACAUCCAUGUCGGAUUCGUGCUAAUUGUGCAAGGAUAAAAAAUAUCCUACUUUUUGUCCAGUAGUACUGAGGUGGACUUCAAAGAGAUAGCCUUCAAAAGGAAAAUUCCCCCUUUUCAACCGCUUGCCAACAUUUCUUUAACAGCUUACUAUGCAAGAGAGAAUUUUGAAUAUUCACUGGCAAUCUUACAGAACCAGAGGCUCCAUUAAGAAUUUAGAGUUGACACCACUCUCUCAAACUUAUCCCAUAGGCAAAAAGCCAAUGCUGCUAUAUAGACCGGUCUUAAUUUUUUUUUAAUUCUCAUGACUGAAAGCCUUUUCUUAGAUUUCCAUAUAAAGAUUAUUUUUCUGAGGGGGGGGCGUGGGAGAAGUGUGUGUUUGUGUGUGUUGAUUUAUUUGGGAAAUAAUUUAAGACAUGUAUUCUUUUUCUCCCCAAAUAUUAAAGUGUAAGUGAAAUGCCAGAAUUCAUAUUUUAAAAUUGUAAUAUGAAGUCGGACCUGCUAGUUUUUCAACCACAAUGCUCUCAUAUUACUUGAUGCAUUUUAUGCAGGGGAGGGGGAUAAAUUUCAUUUCUUAAUAGGGCAAAAAAACUUUUGUUUUUUUUCUAAACUGCAUUAUUAGAACCACUAGCCACGUUAGAGGUAUAUUUCCAUCUAUGUCCAUUGCACAUGUGUGUUUCCUUUUUAAAACAUAAUUCCCUCCUGCCAUAGCAGAAUAACUCCAGUUUUAAGAUGCUUUAUUUGCUUAUUUUCUUUCCCAAGAGCACUGUCCUUUCAAUAGGUUUUUCAUAGAUUAAUGUAUUUUUAGGGAAAAUUAAUUUUUUAUAGCCACUAAACUGUACUCAUUAUUUUUGUACACUUAUUACUAGGUUAUUUGGAACACAAAUCUUUUGAAAUGUCAUUUGGUUCCAUUUUUGAAUUUACUCACUGAUGUCGUGUUGCUAAAUAUUGUCACGAGAAUCAAUGCAUUUGAAUAUGUAGUGGGGGGGGGGGGAAACAGAUUUGAGAAGAAACCACUUACUGGUCCCUUCUGGUACCCAGGUCCUUCUUCAUGCAGCAUAUUAGAAAAAAUAUAGGAGUAAUUUUUUUUCUUGCUCUCUUGGUGAAGAGUACAGAAAGAUCCCAGGGAAACUGGCGAUUCCUUUAGUUAAUAGCCUUCGAAAAGGAUCUAUUGGGGCAAUUGCUUUUUUAUCAGAUAGAGAGAAUAUACAACCAGCAGAAUCAACUUGAAGCUUUUCUGAACUUGCAUCUCUCUGGACAACUCAAAAUUUGAACAGAUUUUUUUGGAGGCGCAGAAAGCUUUUUGGUUAACAUUCCAAGUUUCCACGUAAUUACGUGGGCAAAAAUCCUGCAGCUUUGGAAAAGCCAUUUGACUCGGCUGAUGAAAUUGAGAGAGAGAUCCUGUGUGUUAGAAUUUAUGCUGCAUUAAUGAUAGAAAUUUCACCUUCCUCAGUGACACCCUCUCUAUUAAAAUAAAAAUAAAAAAGGUAGCUGCUUAUCAUAGAGGAAUAGGUAAUAGCCAAUGCUGGAUGGACACACACACACACACACAAAAUCAUUUAAAAAUUAAAAAAUGCAACGUAAUCUGUACUGUAAGCAGACUGUGCCAAUCUAUUACUUCAGUUUGUAGUCACUGAAAUCAGUACUUGUUCUACCUGGAAAAAAAUGGCUUUUUAAUGAAAAAAAAAAUGAUUUCAAAAAAGUUGGAUGUCUGAAAUUCUGCAACACAUAUAUUGGAAAAGAUGUAAAUAAUGUAUACAUAUUGUUGUAAGUGAUGGGAUGAAAAAAAAAAACCUAUAUAAAUUCUAGGCUUUUUCAGUGAGGAAAAUGGAUGCUGUUUAUAAGAAGAAAAAUAAAUGGCUAUGUUUGACACGA